ACCUACUCGGUUGAAAUCUGACCCUGACAGCGACUCCCUGAGAGCUGCUGCGGUUCGCUCAACAGGGAACCAGGAAAUGCGCAACCUCUUUUAUGUCCGAAAACCAGCUGGGCUCCCUGGGAGACGCAUCCGCCAUGGGAAACAGGCUGUGCUGUGGGGGAAGCUGGAGCUGCCCAUCAACUUUCCAGAAGAAAAACAAAACAGGAGGCCAAGCCAGACCCACACUGAGCAUAUUGAAGCAGCAACAGCCCCGGCAGAAUGGCACAAAGGUCUGUGAGACACCAGCACCCAUGUACGAGCAAGUGUUACACCGGCCAGGAUCUCAAAAGGCAAGUUCACACUCCACAACGGAGGAGAGCAACUUGCAUUAUGCGGACAUUCAUGUGCUCAGCCAAGUGCAGCCGUACUCUGGCAAGAAGGUGAAACACCCGCAUUUAGAAACUGCUACAGAGUAUGCCACCCUCCGCUUCCCCCAGGCCACACCUCGAUAUGACAGCAGAAAUGGAACCCUGGUGUGAGCCCUUGGAAGGAAGUCCUGGCUUCCACGAUUUUACAGUACUGUGGGGACAAUGUACUGUUUUCGACAAGUUGGGAUGUUGGCCAUGUUGUAAUCUUAAAGAACACCAGAACAUCUGGAAUUGUGGGUGCCCCCUACUCUCUCCACUAUGAAUCUUUUGGUUUGCCACAGUUAUUGUGGAGUUGUGGUAAGGCUAUGAGGGGGCUGAGUAAUAUUUAAGUGUGCAAACCAGUCAUCCUCUAACCCCUAACAUUACGUGGACUCUCAAACGCAGCAGGAACCCUUUAUGCACGUUGGCUGUUUCUGGUAGGAAUUAUUUAAUGAUAUUUGGGGUUUUUUUUGUUUUGUUCUUUUAUUUGCCAUAUAGCUGAGGAUGGCCUUGAAAUCCUGAUCUAUCCCAGUCUCCCACUCCCAGUGCUGGGAUUACAGACAUGUAGCCACUAUGCUCAGCUAAUCAUAUCCCCUUUACACACUUUUACUCCAAAACCUCGGAGGACGCGUUCUGGAAAAGCUUUCGGAGCUUUUGCACACGGCCCCAGGACUGCUGUGGGAAAUUAACCUAGUCGCUGGGUCAAGGGCUCCAGACCUUAGCACAGAGAUGGGGACGGGGACUGACGGAUUCUAAAGUCUUCUUCAACCACGGGCCGCAAGGACUUCAAAUUGUGGACACUAACAGCCUGGAGAAACUCUCCUUGUAGGAGGACUGUUAGCUCUCUUCUGAGUAACCGUUAGGAUCAAUAAAUAAAUAGUAUGAAGGACA